UCUAAUCUCGCACUCAAUAACGCCAUCAAAACUAUCAUCCAAUUCAAUUCAAACACCAAGUUGACGCCCGAGAUCCGAGUUAGCCGGUCACGGGACGAUCGCCCUGUGGCUUGGUAGCGUUGCACCGCCUUACUUGGCUGACAUCAAACCGGAGCGAUCGGGCCUCCCGACUACAAGGCUGAGUUCGAGGUAUACUGUGUAGCAUCACGAUAACCAGGUGUAGGUAUCAGCAUCACUAAAAGCGGGCGUCGGGACGUAGGUACAUAAUUAGACCCACUGUGGCUUCAUUCCGAUACCGUCCGGCUUCGAUCCAUCACAUGAACUUAAUUUGUCUUCAACACUUAAACAACUUGCGCAACAGCCAUCAUGACCUCUGUCCAAGAAAAGAUCCAACACAUAUCCGGCCAGCAUGCCCAACUUCUUCAAGGACUUCAGGAAACAGAGUCCUCGCCCUCACAACUCCAACAGCAAACUGCCUACCUCACGGAACUCAAUGCGCAAAUCGCCAGAACACACAAGCGCGUCCAAGACCUUACGCGCAUAACAAACAAGGAGCUGGAAGACCACAAAAAGUACUCAGAAUCCAGAUACCGACGCUUCGCACACAAAGCCAGCGGGCGAAAAGCGCGUUUCGCCGAAAAGGCAGCAAAAGAAGAACGCGAGUACUUCGACGCGAUCCAAUCGCAGAGGACCGCCGAAGAUGAAUUGGAAUACACAAAGGAACUCAAAGCCGAAACCGAAAUUCAGGUGGGGAAACUUGAAACCAGUGCACAGCGGUACACAAUCUUGAAGACGGAACUGGACAAUUUAUACAACAACAUAUUCGACGGCCCUACCCCCGAGCUCCCCGAAGAGGACGCCAAAGAAAACACCUGCAUCGCCGCGUCCCAGCACGUACAAACUCUCAACCAGGCCCUGGAGCGCGAAAGACAUAUCCUUUUCCUCCUCCGCCAGGCCAGCACCAAGCUUGCCGAAGCGCGAAAUCAUAUGGAGUCUGCGUACGACGCCUCAUGCCUUGACAUGUUCGGUGGGAGCUCCCACACCUCGACGCAGAAACGCAACUACCUCGAGCGCGCAGAGUCGUCCAUCCAGCAAGUGCGUAUGCUGCAGCAGCAGCUGUGCCACUUGGCACCCGAGCUGCCUACACUGGGCGACAUGAAUAUCGCUAGUGGGAGUAUAUGGGGGGAUGUGUACUUCGAUAACAUCUUCUCGGAUAUGGACAUGCAUGAUCGGAUCAAGGCGAGCGAGGUCCAAAUCGACAAGGCAAGAAACCUCUGUGGGAAUUUAGUGCAAGAUGGUGUGGGCCGGGAGGCGACCUUGAAAGCGAAGCUCGGGAAGGGGGAGAAGAAGUUGAAGGAGGCCAGGUUGGACUUGCAGGGAACGCGGGAAGACGCGAUGAGGCGUGUGUUGGAAAGUGGACAAUACAGUGCGAUGAAUGAUGCAACGCCUGCGUGUUCGGGUUAGAAGGGUUGACAUAUAGUGUGGUUGGCGUCGACGUUUGACUUCCUUGUAGCAGUUCAAUCGUAGGCAAAUACUUCGAACACAUGGUAACUUUUUCAAGUGUAGAGCGCGACUCAUUUGCAACAUUCAGACCCAUGGAACCGGUAUUCAGCAAAUUGCGACUGACAGAAAAUAAAUAC